CUCCCGGGUCAGCGGUGCGUCACUUCCACUCCCGAGCGGGUGUUGAGGGAGGCCGUUCGCGGGGCCGAGCGGCGGUUGGGGCUGUGCAGUUACAGGAACACGGUAUAUAAAACUAUUGCAGAGCAAACAUGCUGGCUGCACGGCUCGUGUGCCUGAGGACACUGCCAUGCCAGGCUAUCCGCCCCACCAUCGCUCAGGCGUCCCCAGCUUUGAGGAACUCUGGUAUAAAAGCAUUCCGUCUGUGGCAGCCUAACCAGUGCUAUGCCACCAGAGUAAGAACGGGCGUAAGGCGUGGGAAAAUUGGCCAGGAGAUUAAAGAAGCAGCAUUUGAGCCAUCUGCAGAAACUGCUCUUAAAGUUGAUCGCCUGGGAAAACUUGUUGUUGCUGGAGGGGCUGCUGUUGGCCUGGGGGCACUCUGUUACUAUGGCAUGGGCAUGUCCAGUGAGAUUGGAGCUAUUGAAAGAGCAGUUAUUUGGCCUCAGUAUGUGAAAGACAGAAUUCGCUCUACCUACAUGUACUUUGCGGGAAGCAUUGGCUUGACGGCACUGUCAGCUGUAGCAGUAAGCAGAUCUCCUGCACUCAUGGGCCUUAUGACAAAAGGCUCCUGGCUGGCAAUCGGUGCAACUUUUGCCGCCAUGAUUGGUGCUGGAAUGUUGGUCAGGUCCAUAUCCUAUGAAAACAGUCCAGCAGCUAAACAUCUUGCUUGGAUGAUGCAUUCCGGUGUCAUGGGUGCAGUGGUGGCUCCUCUAGCUUUCUUGGGUGGUCCCUUGCUGAUCAGAGCUGCCUGGUAUACAGCUGGAAUCGUCGGAGGGCUCUCAACUGUAGCCAUGUGUGCUCCAAGUGAGAAAUUUCUGAAUAUGGGAGGACCACUUGGGAUAGGCUUUGGCUUCGUUCUUGCCUCUUCGAUUGGAUCCAUGUUCUUGCCACCUACUUCUGCUUUUGGGGCUGGCUUGUAUUCAGUAGCUGUUUAUGGAGGAUUGGUUCUCUUUGGCAUGUUUCUGCUCUAUGAUACGCAGCAUGUUAUCAAGCGUGCAGAGACUAUUCCAUAUUACGGAGUAACGAAAUACGACCCCAUCAAUGCGUGCAUGGGCAUCUACACAGACACGCUGAACAUCUUCAUUCGUGUGGCCACCAUGCUUGCUGGUGGUGGAAGUGGAAGGAGAAAGUAAACGGAGACUCUUAGCAGCUGCCUGACAGCUCAGACUCUUAGGUUGUCUACCUAGUACAUAGAGUAAAUAAAAAUUCAUUGUUACCAGCAGUUGUGCUGCAGGUCAGAAGUGUAACGCUUUCCAGCCUAUUGUCUAAGUGCAAUGUGAUUCAGAUUUAAGUGUUUCAUCGAACACCUUCCAAUAGCGUGAACGACUUCAAAGCAUACAUAUUUGGGGAAAGUAUAUUAUUUAAAAUAUAUGAUUAAAAUCGUCUGUCUCAUUUUCAAUGAGCUUGGAAGCAGUUCCAGUGUUGCUUUCCUUUUUACUGGAACUGCGCAGAAAUAGUAGUAAGUUCUGUGAGCGGAUAUCUUAUAUACAGAUGAUGACACAAACUACUUCAGGAAAUACUGUUCACAUGCAACAGUUCUCAGUUAAGAUUGCAUAAAUAAUAGUUCCUUGAUUCAUUUAGAAGAACUGAGCCAAGUGGAUAUGGCACAGAAUGCAGGAAAGGCUACUGUUGCCUGGGCAGAAAUUUCAGAAAGAUUUAAGCGAUUGGCAGAAAUGCACUGGACGGAAUGGGUGACCUGACCAACAACAUAAAGGAGACAAGACGAGGAGCCUAUGUGACGUCUGCCCUACCUGAAAACUUCAGUCUCCUUCUAGAAUACGUGAAAACACCUUGUCUGUUUCCCCGUACUUUAAUAUUGAAUGGAAAUAAAAACAGUUGGACUUAUUUGGUAGUAGAUCUGUCAGAUUGUUGGGUAAUAAUGAAAGGUAUGUCUGCCUUCUAGUGACUAAUUUUUGGUAUUUCAAGUGAAGCACUGUUCUUCAGAAGAACUCCCCACGUUAACUUGCUCUUGGAAGCUUGUACAAUUGGCACUGAAAGAAAGGGAAUUGAGAAUGGCCUGCUGUAAACCCAGGUAUCAUAAGCAUACCAUUAUUACAUAUUGUAGUCUCUAAUUCUUUUCCAGAUUAGUACAUUUAGCUCAAUUGAAAGGAGAUGUUAAAUCAGUUUCACUGACAGGAACAUAAAGAAAUAUAUACUUGCUUAAGUACAUUGCGUUGUGUUUGAGUAAGGGGCAAGUUCUUGGGCACAAGCAAGUUUUGAGUUCAGAGAGAUGACUCAGACUUCAGUUCUUCUGGUAAAUUGUGUUUAUAGAAGAAAUAAAAUUAUAGCCUCACAUGGUGAUGAUAACUCUCACUUUUCCUGUGUUACUAAAAUAUUUAUAUUAACUUGGCACUAAUAAUACACUAAUAACU